AUGCAAGUUGCACCAUUGCCACAACCACAACAUCCGCAUGUAGCAGCUCCUGUAUGGAACAGAAGAAGCAGGAGAGCCACAAUCCAGUUCCUGACAUCAGCGCUGCGCUCGAAACGGUUCAUUGGCGUCUCGGCACUCGUGCUCUGUGGAUACACGUCAUACUCCGUUGUCGAUCCCACGAGCUCACACGCUUUACAACUGGCUCAAGGCUUGGACGCACAUGAACUCGACGGUGAUGAUCCUUUUGCCAGGAACGUGCGACAAAUUGCUGCACGGGUAGGUGUCAAGCACCCGGAACGGAUUUCGAUUCGGGUAGGCGAGCGAUCAGCUGGAGCUUCGAUGGGAUCGAAUCUCACCAUCGGUCAGCGAGGAGCGUGCAUUGUGCUGCCCAUGGAGCUCUACGAUGUGUUUUAUGCACCGCCACAAUUGCACGAGAAGUACGACAUCCCGACACGGGACGAGAUUGACUUUGUGCUGGCACAUGAGAGCGCCCAUCUUGCCAAGAACCAUGCAGUCUAUGCAGGUGCUUUUCUUCCAGCGUCGUUUCUUGGCAGUUGCGUGGCGAUUCAAACGAUCCCAAACAAAUUGCUUGCAGGAGUCAUUGGUAUACUGGGCAUGAUCGGUGGCAACUUGUGUCUAUCGUGGAGCUUGGAGCACGAAGCUGAUCAAGUAGCUGCCGAAUCUGGCUUUGCUCGUGGCGGCAUCACGUGCUUCCAACGGAAGCUCUCUCGAAACCACGAGAUCCGGUCAAUGUCGAACACGAGACUGAUCACAGCAAGCGGCAAUUACUUGGGUGACACGUUGCAUCCGCUACUAACGUCGCGCAUCGAGCGACUAGAACUUCUGACUUCCGCAGCAGCAAUCAACCUUGUGGUUACUCCAGAAACAGACGGCAGCUCGACAGCUGCAUAUUGA